CCAUAAUGGCUUUCCUUGUGCUCUUUGCUGCACUACUCGCCUUGUUCCUUCGCCGGCUCACCAAAAAGACAGGUCUUACUCAACCUACAACCUGCCUCCCGGUGGCUUUGGCAUCCCGGUCGUCGGCCAAACCUUCUCCCUCAUCCGCUCUCUACGCAGAAACACUGAUGACCAAUGGUUCAGAGCUAGAGUAAAGAAAUAUGGUCGAGUGUCCAAGAUGUCAGUGCUGGGCUCACCGACGGUGUUGCUUGCUGGUCCGGCGGCCAACCAUUUCAUCUUCACUAACGAGAGCCUUGCCCUAACGCAAACGCAUGCCCUGCACGCUCUCCUCGGGCGAUCCAUACUUACGCUUAGCGGCGAUGAGCUGAAGCAAGUGCGCAGCGCAGUGCAUGGAUACCUGAGGCCCGAGAUGGUAAGGAGGUACGUGGGGAAGAUGGACCACGAGGUCAGGAGGCAAAUCAAGCUCUAUUGGGUUUGUCACAACACUGUCACCAUCCUGCCGCUGGCAAGACGUCUUACACUUGGUGUCAUCUGUUCGAUUGUCUUCAGCCAUGAAGCAGCCGCCAUAGUAGAAGCCCUUGCUGCCGACUUCCGGUUUCUAGGUGACGCAAUCCUUUCAUUUCCAGUAAACAUUCCCUUCACCAGGUUCGGCAAGGGCAUGAAGUCCAGUGCCAAGAUCCGGAAAGCCAUCACCAGGAUUGCCCAGCAGAGGGAAGACUCACUAUUGCAGGAAGGGCAUGCUGUUUCAAGUACUGACUUUAUCACCCACAUGCUCAUUCUGCGCAACCAGGGUGCGCAUUCCCUCACACUGGAGGACAUUGUUGACAACGUGAUGGGUAUUAUCAUCGAUGCACAUGGUACCACCUCUGCUCUUAUCACCUUCAUGAUCCGCUACCUCGCAAAUGAGCCGGAUGUCCUUGCCAAAAUCACUGAAGAACAAGAUGAGAUAGCAGAUAGUAAAGGAACAGAGGAUGCUCUAACAUGGGAACAUGUUUCGAGGAUGAAGUACACAUGGAAGGCAGCAAUGGAGACGCUCCGAUUAGUUCCUCCAGUCUUCGGGAGUUUCCGGACUGCUACCAAGGAUAUCAAAUAUCAGGGAUAUGACAUCCCUAAAGGCUGGAAAGUCUUUGCAGCACAAAGCAUUACACAUUUGGAUUCCAGGUUCUUCAAUGAGCCCAACAAGUAUGAUCCAUCUCGGUUUGAGAAGCGAUCAUCCAUCCCACCCUAUAGCUUACCAUUCGGUGGAGGUCCAAGAAUGUGCCCGGGAAAUGAGUUUUCAAGAGUGGAAAUAAUGGUGGCCAUGCACUAUCUUGUGACAAAGUUCAGGUGGAAAUUGUGCAACAAAGAUGAAACUUACAUGAAGGAUCCAAAGCCAACCCCUGUUUUUGGUCUUCCAGUGGAAUUGGAGUUGAGAAGACACCCUUCAACUGCUGAUGCUUCCGAUGCUAUGUCCAUUCAGUUUAACUAGGUAAAUUGCGCGCUACGCCGCGCCCACUUGGAAAUUUGGAGUAAAAUUGUUGAUGCGUUGAUGGUUACAUAUGCGUAUAAAGUAGGAAGGGAAGUACGCUUGAGGGCGCGGGAAUGGGCUGAUUGUUGCGUAUGGGCCCCAUGUCAGACUUCGUCUCUCCAGGACACGAAUGGGCUGAUUAUUGGGUAUGGGCUGAAUCCAUGCCCGCGUCAGGCUUCCUCUCUUCAGGGCACAUGUCACGCCCACAAUGUCCAGGCGGUCCCAGCCCUCCUUUUCCAUGGUGUAUAGGAGUAAGGGUAUAUAUAACAGCUUGUUUGGCUGUCGCCAAACCAGGUCUAUCAGAGUGCCUUAUACCGACUUGGCCAACCAUCGCUGUUAAGGGUUCUGGUGUACGGGAUAACUACUGCUUGCUGUGUACUUGAAACACAUAAUUUAGAUGGAAACCCAAUGGAAUCAUGCCCUAAAGACGAGUUAUGCAAAGACAAGAGGUUGCAUCGCA